GAAUAAAUGAAUUGUAAGUUAUUGCUGUUAAUAUAUAUAUUUUUUUUGCCAAUUGUGGACAAAGAGGGGGGCGGUUUCUCUAGCUGUCCCCCCACCAAUUCCCCCUCACCGCCACCUCAUGCUGAAUACAAGAAAGGUGAUAUUUUUGGGGGUAAAUAGGAGUACUUGCCUUUUUUUUUUUUUUAAAGAAAUGUUUUUAAGAUUUUAAAAGUGGUCAAGAAUUAAAGUGGAAAUGAUUUAAUGCAAAGAACUUUUUAUCGUUUUCGUUUCCCCAUCAUCCAGUCUGUCUAUUUCUGUUUGGCAGAGUAAUGUGGAUUAUUAUUAUUAUUAUUAUUAUUAAUGUAACUCCAAACAUGAUGCAUAUCUUCGUUUUUUUUUCCGUUUAAUGUUUGGGUUUACUUUAUUUAUUGUUUUCUCUUGGGGGGGGGGGGGGUACCCUGAGACUGCUACAAUUCGUAUAGAAAUAUAUUUUUGUUAUUGACCGUUAUGACUGGGGUAGUGAAUAUUUCAUUUCACAUUUAGAUGUAUUUAGUUGGGUUUGUCCAGGUGGGAAUAAUUGUCAGUAUUUUAUUGCAGUGGUUGAGGGUCUGCUGUGAACUGAGAUGUUGAACGGACUUAUCGUGACGUCCCGGCCAGCUUCUGUGUUGAACGUCGACCGUGCUGGAGGGGACUCUUCCCUCGCAAACAUGCAAGCCCUCUCCCUCGAAUGUGUGUGCACUCCUUCCUUUAAAGACACUUCAUAUGGAGCGGUGGAGGCUUGGGGAGGGGGAAUGCAUACCUGUGUGCCUGAAACAUUUUGAGUACAUGGGCUGGGAUGUGGAAAAAAAUGGGUGGGGUGGGCUCCUUUUUAGUGUUUUUAGGAUUCUGCUGUUUGGUGUAAACAGAGGAUUUUGAUCCAAAUGAACUGUGUUGCACAGAAACGAGGAGAAAAGUAGGAGAUGUGAGCAGUCAAGUCUCUGUCUCUUUCUGCCUCAUCUCCUUUGCUGCUCCCCUUGGACUUUAAAUUCCCUCCCCGUCCUCCUCACCUUCCCCUCUGGGAAGUUGCGCUCCCUUCCCGCAAACUCCAUCCUCUUUAUCUUUCUGCUAAGAACUUUGGGAGUUAAUUUAAUAUUUUUUACUGUACAAAGGAAACACAAACUGUGGACUCAAAUACUGUUUUUUAUAAUAAAAUGAAAAUUACCAACAUU